AUGGUCUUCAUGCACAGUAUCUUGCGCGCCGUGCUACUUUGCACAUUUUUUGGGUUUGCUUGCGCAAUCAUCUACUGCGUUCGACGGCUGUACUGGCACCCACUCUCCAAGUAUCCUGGGCCCUUACUUGCCAGACUCACGGACCUUUAUGCUGCCUAUCAUGCCUGGAAAGGUGAUAUCCAUAUUGACAUGUGGAGGCAACAUGAACGAUAUGGCCCCAUCAUCCGCUACUCUCCAAACAAACUAAAUUUCAAUACUGCCGAAGCCCUGAAAGAAAUCUACAUAACUGGGGCAAAGAACUUCCAGAAAAGUCCCAACUACCGAGUUCUGAGGCAUGGAGCUGCGAAUACUUUGACCAUGAUUAACAAGGAAGAGCAUGCUCGUCGCCGCCGAAUCGUUUCACAGGGCCUGUCAGAUGCAGCUGUUCGCUUCCACGAGCCGACACUGAUGGCCCACAUCCAGAAAUGCUUCGCGCUACUGUCAGGCACAGAUGAGCCGAAGAACGUGGCGAGCUGGUUCAACUACCUGUCGUUUGAUAUCAUGGGCGAUGUUGUGUUCGGUAUGCAGUACAACCUGCUGGGGUCGACAGCUAAUCGCGCCAUACCUGAUGCGAUCGAACAAUCCAACAUUCGCGUUAGUGUGUUGUUGCAGAGCCCGGUACUCCCAAGAGUCGGUCGAAUUGACCGCUGGAUAUUUCCUAAGGCGAUUGAGGCUCGUGAUCAGUUUUUAGGCUUUGUUCGAGGCUUGGUUGACAAUGUCAUGAAGCCUGAAGACACCCUCCAGGUCAAGACUGCAGUCGUAUCAAUACUGAAGGGAGCUCACGAUCCUAUCACUGGUCAAAAGCUAACCUCCAAGGAAAUCCUCGCGGAAAGUACCACUUUAUGUGUUGCUGGCUCAGACACGUCUUCGACUGCCAUGUCUGCCACAUUUUUCUAUCUGGCGAAUUCACCCCAAGUGUAUCAACGCGUCCAAGAGGAAGUAAGAUCGUUGUUUGACUCGGCAGAGGAUAUUCGCAUUGGGCCAAAGUUGAGCAAGCUUGUUUACCUGCGAGCCUGCAUUGAAGAAGCACUGCGGAUGUCGCCCCCUACGGGAGCUUCGCUGUACCGGGAAGUGUUACGCGAUGGUGCCACUGUCAAUGGAGAAUGGUUCCCUCCCACAGUGGAACUUGGUGUCCCCAUCUAUGCCAUUCAGCACAAUCCCGAUUACUACCCAUCUCCUUUCGAAUUUCGCCCAGAAAGAUGGCUGGAGAGUGAGGGUACCCCCAAAAAAAGCAUCGAAGCGGCUCGAGCCGCAUUUUGUCCCUUUUCCGUCGGCGCACGGAGCUGUGUCGGCAAACAUAUGGCCAUGGUAGAGUUGACGCUCGCCGUCGCAUAUGCUGUCUACACCUUAGAAUUCGAGUUUGAUCCCGAAAAACAACAAGCAACGGACAAACGAUGGGGUAUCGAAGACGAGUUCAGGUUAAGAGACCACAUCACGGCUUCGAAAGAUGGCCCGCAUCUUCGCUUCGAGCCGCGUACCAUGCUGAAGGGGGUGCGGGCGUCAGAGCAUGUGGAUGUACUGCGACCCAUGUUGCAGAGCCGUUCAGUGACUGUGUCGACCAUGGAGACGCUGUGA